CUACGAUCACGAGAGACAGAGGGGCAAAGAUUCGUUCCUAACCGUUUCGAUCCGAACUCAAGAAGAAGCUAAGAGGCGUCAUCAUGAUAGGGUUAUUCAAGGUUAAGGAGAAGCAAAAGGAAGAAGCUAAGAGUAACAACGCAAGAGGAGCCUCCGGCAAGAAACAAUCUGCUGGUGAACUUCGUCUUCACAAAGAUAUAACAGAGCUGAACCUGCCAAAGUCUUGUUCUAUCUCUUUUCCUAAUGGAAACAAUGACUUGAUGAACUUUGAAGUCACCAUUAAACCCGACGAUGGCUAUUACUUAGGUGGUAGAUUUGUUUUCACGUUCCAGGUCUCUCCUGUGUACCCACAUGAAGCUCCAAAAGUUAAGUGCAAGACCAAGGUGUACCAUCCGAACAUCGAUUUGGAAGGAAACGUGUGUCUGAACAUCUUGCGUGAAGACUGGAAACCUGUUCUCAACAUCAACACUGUCAUCUACGGUCUUUUCCAUCUCUUCACGGAACCCAAUCACGAGGAUCCUCUGAACCAUGACGCAGCUGCGGUUUUAAGGGAUAACCCGAAGCAGUUUGAGAUUAAUGUCAAGAGGGCUAUGAGUGGUGGCUAUGUUGGCCAAACCUCGUUCCCUCGUUGCAUCUGAGGUCAAAACAAAAGCUAUGGUUCUGUUUCACAUUACUCCUCUUCUUUUUCUCUAUGACACACUUGUGGUGUUUACCCUUUUGUACAUUUGACUUUUAUGAUCGGUUUGCAUUUAGGAUUCUUGUAUAUUUAUUUUACAGCAAAUUAGGCCUUAGUGGUCGUUUUUUGAACAAAUCUUAUAUAUUAAAAUAGAAGUCA